CGGUCUAAUCUCUCCAUUAUUGUAUUGUUCUUCAUCAGCCAUUUCUGCAUGGUUUGUGGAAGGUGUAGAGGGAAUUAAGGAAUGGCAUAUAAGGUGGAUCACGAGUAUGAUUACUUAUUUAAGAUUGUAUUAAUUGGGGAUUCGGGAGUUGGAAAAUCUAACAUCCUUUCUAGGUUUACCCGUAAUGAGUUCCUUCUGGAGUCUAAAUCCACCAUUGGUGUCGAAUUCGCUACAAGGACUCUUCAGGUUGAGGGGAAGACGGUGAAGGCGCAAAUAUGGGACACGGCCGGUCAAGAGAGGUACCGAGCAAUCACGAGUGCUUAUUAUAGAGGAGCUGUAGGCGCCCUCUUGGUCUACGACAUAACAAAGGGGCAAACAUUUGAAAAUGUGUUACGAUGGCUACGAGAGCUAAGGGACCACGCAGACUCCAACAUUGUCAUCAUGUUGGCCGGAAACAAGUCGGAUUUGAACCAUCUUAGAGUCGUCCAAGAAAGCGAUGGUCAAAGGUUAGCAGAGCAAGAAGGGCUAUCGUUCCUAGAGACUUCUGCACUCGAAGCACAUAAUGUCGAAAAGGCAUUUCAAAUGAUUUUAUUGGAUAUAUAUCAUAUAGUAAGCAAAAAAGCUUUGGCUGCUCAGGAAGCAGCCAAAGCUUCUGCGGUUCCUAGCCAAGGAACCACUAUAAAUGUUGUUGAUUAUGGGAAUAAACCCCAAAGGAAAGGAUGUUGUUCUAAUUAG